CGGUUCUGCCGCCAAAUCACAGGCGAGGAGUGAGAGUGGGAGCUUUAGGUGUGUAAGAGGAGCUGACGGAUCAGCCUUAGCACCCCCUUAGUCAGCUUUCUGGCCUGGUUUCGGAUUCAGACAUGCACAAAACUGCUCAGAGGUAAAAGACAACGGACACUUUCUGGCAAACCUUUUUUUGCGAAAGUCUCCAGGACGACACGCGGCGGGAGCUCGACAAGAAGAAUCGCGAGGAUGUUUGGGCGAAUUCUAUAAUAAUUUCGUGACUAGAGGUUACUAGUUUUCGUGGAAUCCCCAGGAUGUGGAGCCGUAGGCGAAAGCCGCGUCUGGCGAAGAUCGAAGACGAGUUUCCCGCCGGCGAAGGGGAUCAAAUCGUCGAAGAAUCCGAUCCGUCGGUGCUGCCAUCAGUAGAUGGGUCACCAGCUUCAUCAUCUGCAGCUGCGUCAGCGGCAGCGACAGCAGCAACACCAGCAGCCGUGGGACCAGCCACGGUACCCCCAGCGGCAGCAGCAGCGGCUGCAGCAGCGACGCCUACUGGUCCGGUCACCCCAGAAGUCCGACCAGGAAGCGUCGCUGAAGGCGGCGCAGAGAGAGCAGAAUCUGGCGUGAAAGAUGCGGAAAGAGGUACUGCUGAUGGCGCUUUGGAGGUCAAGCCUAGUAGAGCUCCUGACCAUUCUGGUGGGGCUAUUAACGCCAGGGUCCUUGAAGAAGACUCUGAGAAUAGUAUCGGCAGGCUGGUUUCUGAUUCUAGAAUAGCUGGAGGAGGAAGAGGAGGUAGUGAGCAGCAUGAAGCAGGACCGUCUUUGGCUGCUGCUGCUGCUGCUGCUGCUGCUGAUGGUGCUGGUGCUGGUUCCGAAUUCCUGUCAGAAACCCCUCGUUACAUUCUCCAGGCUCCUGAUAUAGUCGCAUCCGGUUUGGAAGAUGAGCUCAGCCUGCUGGAGCGGCUGGUGGCGAACCAUCUGGUAUUGUCACAGUUCGAGCUCGCUAGAGCGGCUGUCAGGGACCUAGCACGGCUCAGCCCUUCCCGCGCGAUUUCUCUGCUAAGGAGGGUGAUUGUAACGGGGGGUGAGAUUCCUGGGGCUGUGUGGUCGGCAUCUGUCCCAUCCGCCGCCCAUCUGACGUGGCUGUGCGUUGGGGAAUACCGGGAGCUGUGCAAGUUGCACAGGCCAAGAGGGAAGACACCUGAUUGGGCGAGAGCAGCCAGGAGAGGAGGCUCCGAACGAGAUGAUUGGACGGGGAAUGGAGCAGAAGGGGAGGAACGGGAAGAGGAGGAGAGGGAGGAGGGGGGUGGGGGGGGGAAGGGGAAUGAGGGGGAGGAGGAGGGGACGAGGAUGGUAGAGGAGGAGGAAGAAGGAGAGGAGCGAGGGCGGAGGGGCACAGGCGAGAGCGUGGAGGAGGAGAGGGUGAUGGUGGAUGAAGCGGAAUUCGACCUGUACCUGUCGGAGAUCUCACUCAAGGUGCAUGAAUCGGCAGCAGCUCAGCAAACCAAUCCCUCUAUAGCGCGUACUGGAGAGGUGGAGGGCUCAUCUGGAGCAGGUGCAGGAGGGGAAGUGCAGGCAGGGGAAGACUGCAGGAGGAGGAGAGAGGAGGAGGUGCGAGCUGCUGUGAAGCUUCUGCAUGAUCGCUCUGCCUGGGGACUCCCCACUAGGCCGCUGGUGGUGGGGAGCAGGAGCAGUGCCAGUGACCGAGGGAAAGAGGCAGAGUCAGGAGUGUCAACAGUAGCUGCAGCAGCAGCAGGGGGGGAGGAAGCUUCAGCGGAGUGGGAGCCUGGCAAUGUUGAAAUCAUUUCUGAUGUGACACGUGCCAGCGUUUCAUUGGUCGUUGGGGAGUACCCGGAGAUCCUGGACGAGCUCUGCAGGAACGUUCUGCGGCAGAGAAGGAGGAGGAGGAUGAAAGAUAGCGAGGGGCAUGAGAGCGAGGGUAAUUUACCCUCCAAAUCUUGGCCGUCAGGAGUGCCAGCUGUGAGAUGGGUGCAGGGGGCUCAUCUGGGGGCGGUGGCAUCUCUGCUGGAGGCAGGGGACAUACGGGGAGCAGCAGCUCGUUUGCGGUAUUUGAAUGUGGAUUAUGGGGCAGUGGAAGAGGAGCAGUACAGGUCCGCCCUCCACCAGUUGGUCCUCGCACUGCGCCCUCCGGUGCCUGAAGAAGCGCCAUGCACUUCUCCGGUGCCCGGCCAAGCGCCAUGCAGCCCAGCUGAACUGCCACUCAGUCCUACAAGAGCCCCUGUUUGGAUGGCAGUGAGGGCGGAAGAGACGAAAAUCGCCGUCCAGGAGCUGCUGGGGUCGGGAUCAGCCCGCGUCAUCAAGCUGUUUCAGGCCACAUGGGACGAUUACAUUCACAGAGAGUUGCAGCUGUCUGCCCACCACUCGCCCAUCGCCCCACCGUUGGAGGCCCUGCAUGCGCUGCUGCUGUUGGGUGAUAAACCAGGGCAAGGAAGAAUGACCUCAGCAGCAGGCGAGGCCAGCGUCCAAGGAGCUGAAGAGCAGGGACGAGGCAGGGCUGAUCCUCAGGAUGCUCAGGAUGCAGGCCGUGGGAGGAGGGACGGUGGGGAGCACGGGAGGAAAGAGAAUGGAUGGAGGGGGAGUUUGGAGGAGAGGUGUGUGUGGGAGUUGGUGGAGCAUGCGAGGGUGGGGAGGCGGGUGGUGGUGGGCAGUGUGCUGGAGGGGGCUCUGGCUGCUCUGCAUGCGGGGCAGUUCGCCAAGGUCAACCACAUCCUCCAUCUGUGCCCCCCUCUCCGUCCUCUCACCACCCUUAUCGCCUGGGACCUCAUAGGCCCCUCGCGCCCCGCCUCCCGCCUGCGCCUUCUCUGGGCGCUCUGGCCCAAUGAGUGUGCUCGUGUGCUGCUGCCACACACUACUUCCUCUCAAGAUGGCUCUGGUUUAGAGGAGAGCCAGGACACCAGUCUGAGCUCUCAGCUGCAGCAUGCUAGCGUGUGCUGUGCCGAUCUUAUCUUCCACGCUCACCUCGCCUUCCUCAUGGCUGCUCGCCGCGCUGCCUUCCAACAGCGGCAGCAGCAUCAUCAGCAGGAGCAGCAGGAGCAGCACCUGAAAAGCCAGCAUCAGCUCUUCAGGCAUCACGGACAGCAGCUGCAUCCCUCCACAGAUCUAGCGUCUGUGUUGACCCCCAAGGCGGUUGCACGCAUGGUUCGAGCAGCAGACCCGUUCACUGCACGCCUGGCGCUAGAGCUGCUGCAGGUGCAGUCGCCCCUCCACGUGCUGCUGGCUCUGGGCGCACACUGCUUCCAGCCCGAGGAAAUCAUUCAGCUAGUCAAGGCUCAACCUGUCUCCCAACACAGCACGCUCAGUGGGACAUCCGCCAGGCAAUGGGACGUGGAGCUCCUUCACAUGCUGUUUGCUGCCAAGGCAGCUGAGGCUGCCGUGCGAGCCAUGGCAGGGAGUGAGGCGGGAGGAGGAGCAAGGACAUCAAAGUGUGAGGCAGUGGAGGCGGUUGAGUCGUUUGAGCGCCAUGCAGCCCGUGUCACCACGGCAGCACGCAAGGUCUGGAUGGCCCACACUGUGCGAUCGCUUCUGCUCGCCGCCGAAUCCGCCUCUCCAUCCAGCGACCCAUCCACAGAGGGUGGCCCGAUUCCUGAAUCUUCCAAGGCGUCUCACAAGUCUCGCAAGUCCCAGGGGUUGUCGGAUGAGGGUUGUCUGGCAACUGCCACCAUGGCCCGGCUUCAGCUGCUGUCUAAGCACGACGACGAUCAGCCUGAUAUUGAUGCUGCCGCUGACUUGGAUGCUGGUGCUGGUGGUAUUGGUGUGCCUACCACUAGCAGCACAGGUAGCACUGGCAACCAAAGCAGGGCUCCUGUGUCUGCUCCCACCCCUGCAUCUGCACGGUCUGCACCAGCAUCACCCCCGGCUGUAGUGGUAAUGGAGUUCUUGCUGGCGGCUGUAGCCAGGCAGAUGCCGCGCCCGGGCUCCGAGGCGCACGGCAUAGCCCGUCCUUUCCUGCUGGACGCGUCUCCCUUGAGUGGGGUAGACAGGCGGGCGGCAAGGGCACUGUUGAAGCGGAAGGAUGUGGGGGAGGUGGGAUCUGGUGGUUUUGAGGCUGGUUCUGUCGCUCCCAGUGGUGCUCCUGCCGCCGCCGCCGCUGCUGCUGCUGCUGCUGCUGGUGUUACUGCUGCUGCUGCUGCUGCUGCUGGUACUGCUCCUGCUGCUGCUGCUGCUGCUGGUGGUACUGCUCCUGCUGCUGGUGGUACUGCUCCUGCUGCUGCUGCUGGUACUGCUCCUGCUGCUGCACCUGCUGGCAUGAUAAGAGCAAAAUCAGGGGAGGCGAGAGGGGAGAAACAGCUGGGACAGGGGAGGCCAGAAGGGGGUAGUAGUCGUGAAGGGGGUGGUAGGCGUGAAGGUGGCAGUGAGCAGGGUAGUGAGUCAUUCAGGAGAAAGAGAAGGCUGACUAGCGGCGAUGGGACAGGGGGGGACGAGGACGGGAUGGACGAGGAAGAGGGAAGGAAGGUUGAGGAUUCGACGGAGGCGACUGGUCUAGGAGGAAAGGGAGACGGGCGUUUGUCAGAUGAGGGUACUUAUCACGAUGCAGUUUCAGAUGCGUUUGACGUUGCAUUUGAUGCUCUAGAUGCUGAGUUUGCUGCUUACCUGGAUGCUGAGCUGGACGCACAUGCGUCUGACGUGGCAGCGGCAGCAGCGGCAGUGCUGGUUUCUGAUUGGAAGCAGCGGGCGCAGGUGGUGCGCGGUUGGCUGGAUGACUGGCAGUGGCGGCUGGCUGUGCUCAAAGCUGAUUGGCUGGGCGUUUGUGCCAGGCAGGUGGAAGGAGAGGAGGCUUCAGAGGAGGGGGAGGGGGCUUUAAGAGAGAGGGAGGAGAUGGGGGAAGUGGACAAGGCGAAGGGGGGUGGGCAGGAGGGGGAAUUGGAGGGAGGCUGGAGGAAGGGAAGAGAGGCGAGGGGGAAGGGGAUGGAGCGAAGCGACUGGUCAGCAUGGGGAUGGCAUGAGGUGGUGGCGUGGAUGCGAGUGGAGCCAUCUGUCCUCAUCUCCUGCUGUCUCUCUGUGGGCGACUUCUCUCUCUGCGACUCGCUCACUCGCCGCUUCCCCAUUGCAGUGCACACAGAGGCACAAGUGCAGCUCACUGUGUGGCUUUCUCGCCACGAUGAAGGCGGGCUAAAUCGGCAGCAGCGCAGCAGCACUGCCACAGGGAAAGGGAGCAGUGGGAAGGGUGAGGAAGCUAAGAGUGCACGCGGCAGUGGGAGCAGUGGUGACAGCAGUGGCAGCAGGGUGGGGUUGGAGAGGGUGGGGAGUGUGGAGGCGAGGGAGAGCAGGGCGAGGGAGAACGAACAAGUGGAUACCCUCUUCUCGGUCUUCUUCGCGCCCUCACAAGCCAUGUGGGAAAUGUUUCCAGCUCUUGAUAUGGUGGCAGUGUUGCUGGAUGCAGCUACAACUCAGGCUCGCACAGCCCCUGAUGCCCUCAUCCUCCUGGACCAGGCUCGCUGUAUUUUGAAGGCUUGGCAGGCAUGGGAAGGCAAGGGAUCAUCGGGGCAGGAGCAAGUAGUGAAGCAACAGCAGCAGCAAGAAAGCGAAGGAGAUAAUACCAACAUCCCAGUCCUAGACCUAGACUUGGACCUAGACUCGGCCCAAUGGGCGACAGCAGAGCGCCUGCUGCAGCGGCUGGAGGCCAUUCAGAAUCAGGACCCCACCACGCCGCUGCCGAGCCUGCUGGCCGCCGUGCAGCCGCACCUGUCGCCGUCCCCGGGCCUGUCAGGCUCGGCAGGGGUGCGGCGGGGACCAAAGGCUCGGGCUGUGAUGGCGCUGCAGCAGGUGGUGGCGGACUGCGAGGCGGGCACGGCACAGUUUGUCAGUGGCAAGCUGCACAACCUCAUUAGGGCCUUAGAGGACCCUGAACCAGCAGACACCCUCCCCCAGGUCAUCCCCACACCAGCUGUAUCCGCUGGCCAAUCAGGCUCUGCCACGUGUCCUCCUCCUGGCAGUGGGCUUGGCUUUGGCAUUGGCCUGGAUGUGAUCAUGCCGGAGCAGCUAGCUACAGAUGCUACAGCCGAUGCUGGCACGGCUACAGAAGGCGCUACAGCCGAUGCUACAGCCGAUGCUACAGCCAAUGCUACAGCCGGUGCUACAGCCGGUGCUCCUGGGCUGAGUUCUGCAGCACCAGCUGCAGCAGCAGGUGCUGUGGCAGACGAGGCUGUAGCAGCUGUAGCAGGGGGCGAGGCAGCAGGAGGGGAGCCACGGGCUGCAGUAACUGCUCCUGCUGAUGCCGCCGCUGCUGCUGCUGCUUCCUCUGUGGCACCUCCGCCUUCCUCCUCCUCUUUCUCUCUCUGGCGAAUGUUGCAUGGGGGGGGAGGAGGAGGAGGAGGGGGAGGAGGAGGAGCAGGGGCGGUAAGUGCACCUGGAGUAGCAGCCCGAGCCGAUUCCCAAGGCUCGCUGGCUGCUGCAGCUGCGGUUGCAGGCCUAGCUUCGGCAACAGGCUCGGGAGGAGCUGGAAUGUCACCAAACUUGCAGGGUGCGGCAGGCACCCCUGUGCAUACCCCCCCUCUCUCUCCUCGAUGGACCCGAUCCUCCUCUGGCCGUGGCCUCUCUGCUGCUGCUGCCACUGUGACCGUUGCUGCUACUUCUUCUGCGGAUUCAGCAGUGAGAAACGAAGCAGGCGAAGGAGCAGGGGCAGGGGCAGGGGCAGCAGCCGCAGAAUUUGUAGAGGAUUCCAUGCUGCCUGUGGGGUCUGCGAGGUCCAGCUCUCUUCCUCUGCCUUCCACCGCCGCUUCUGCCUCUUCUGCUGCUCCAGCUCAGCUUUCAGUACUGUCACGCUCCUCUGUAGGCACUGUCAGCAUGCCCCCUCCCGCCACCACCACCACCACCAUCACCAGCACCCGAACUGCUGCUGCAUCAGCACGUGUAUCUGCCCCUCCAGGUGCCUCGUCAGGUGCUUCUUCAGGUGCUUCUUCAGGUGCUUUUUCAGGUGCAGCUCCCAGGGCGUCUGCGCCACUCCCUCCUGUGCCGCGCUCGUCCAUGCCCAGCCUGUGGCCCUUCUCGUUCAACUCCCCCAAGCAGGCAGCAGCAGACGGGCAGACUGUAGGGCUCCAAUCCAUUCUUGGUUCCGCCCCUGGCGUAGGGGCAGCAGGAGCAGCAGGAGGAGGGGGAGGAGGAGGAGCAGGAGCAGGAGCAGAAGCAGGAGAAAGAGGAGGAGAAAGAGGAGGAGCAGGAGGAGAAGGAGGGGGGACGGCAGGAGCGGUAUCAGCAACAGCAGCAGGGCUGCGAGGUCCGGGGAAGCAGCCUUGGGACCAUCCCCGGGGAUACCUGCCAGUCUUUCUUAACUAUGUGGUUCAGAUCGGGGAUAUUGUAGACGACAGUGACCCCAGCCACCCCUUUAACUACUUCUCUUUGCUAAGUGUCGAUCCUGUGGAGCUUUUAAGAGAGCUGGUGUUCGUGAGGGGGGACAUCGCUGCUGCUUCCCAUGUGGCUGAGAUCAUGGGCCGGGCUUCCCUACCUGCGGAUAUCAUUCCCGCAGCUCUCCCGAGCCUGCUGCCGCCUGUGCCGAGCCUGAAGCUCUGCUCCGUGACUCGGCGCUUCCAAGGCAGACUGCUAGGCAGGUCUGGAGGAGGCUCGGGAAGUGGGGCGGAAAGUGGAAGGGGCAAGGGUGAAUUAGGAAGUGUGGAGAAGCUUCUGGUGCCUUCGCCGUAUGAGGCGCCGCGGUACGCAUUGAGCAUGGAUGUGGUUCAGUUGCUCGCGAGGGACUCCAUGGUGCAUGCCGUGCUGGCAUGUGCGUUGGGCGCCGAUCAGCAGAUCGUGCAGAUGCACCGACGGAAGGAGAGAGAGCUGGAUACGGAAAGGAGCGGUUCUUCUGCUUGGGGUAUUAGUGGUGGAGCUGGUGCUGCUGCUUCUGGUGCUAGGAGUGCUGGUAGUGCUGCGGCAAGGACUGGUGUUGGUGGUGAUAGAGGCAGGGGCAAGGGCGGAACGGGUGGAGGGGGAAUAGCAGUGGAGCUGGAGGAGGAAGCUGCGAAGAAGCUGAUGGAGUAUGCACGUGUGCACUCUGCAGGCACCCCAAUCAUUCACAGGUGGGUCACUCUGCAGUCUGCCAUCCAGUCUAUUGCCAUUGCUGCCGCCAAAGCACCCUCCCGCCCUCCCAAGCAGCAACUGCCAGCAGGAGCCACAGCAGGUGGGGGGCUUACAGGGGGGGAAGCCAGAGGGGGGUCGUUAGCAGGAGGCUUGGGGGGGGUAGCACAGGGGAGGGGAGCAGCAGAGCAGGGAGGGAUGCCGCAAGCAGCAGCAUUGACAGGGCAACAGAGGCCAUUGGGGCAGCAGGGGGCAUCAAGGCAACAACCGUUGGGUUGGAAUAGCCCUGGAGGGACCUUGCCUGUGCGUUCGCCUGGCACCACCAGCAGCAGCAGGAGGGGCGGGAGGGUGUUUACAGGGUCAGCUCUCUUGCUGGCAGGGCAAGAAGGAACCACAGCGGCAGCAGUGGUGGGAGGGGCGAGGAGAGCAGGUGGGGUGAGGUCAGCCGGAGCAGGGGGCAGGUUGGCUGGGAUAGAGGGGGGAGCAGCAGCAGCAGCAGGUACUGGGGGGAUGACAGGGGGUGGUGAGGGACAUAGAGGGGCGAAGCGGGCUCUUUCGCCUGAGAGGGGUGCAAUUGAGGUGGGAGCGGAGCCGAUGGAUGGGGCUUGGGAAGAGUCAAGACACGCAAGUGGUGCCACGGCUGCCUCUGAUGGGAGUGGUGUGGCAGGGAGAGAACCUGCGCAGCCAAGUCCAAUGGUGUCGGUCGAGGAAGGGGCGGCGGUGGCGGGGGGUCGGCUGGAGGCUCUGCUGAAUGAGUGGGAGGACUUGCGGCCCGUGAGAAUUCACCUGGAGAGCCUGAUUGCUGACUCGCGAUUGGCCGAAGCCCUUGAGCUGGCAGACACGUGGCUGCCUGAGGGGGCACCAGAUCACCUGCUGUGUCUGCUGGUGGAGCAGGCAGAGCGCACCGAUGAUGCUUUCAAAAGAUCAGCAGGGGCUGCAGGAGUAGCAGGAGUAGCAGGAGCAGCAGGAGUAGCAGGAGCAGGGGCAGGGGUAACAGGAGUAGGGGGGUUAGCAGGAGACAUGAGGCGGUUUCAGAGGGUGCCAUUGACCCAUGCAAGCAGGCUCCAGAACCCAAGGACUGGAGGAGUGGGGUUUGUAGGUCCGGCCGGUGCUGGUGGUGGUGGUGGUGGAGGCCCCAGUGGUGCUGCGGCCAGGGGGGUCAGGAAGCCUGUGACAUCGGGCGACAGCUGGCGGUUUGUGAUUCGCGUGGCGGACAAGGAGCUUGCAGCGGCCCUGGCGCUCAGGUACUACCACAGCUGGGAGCUGCCUCACAUUCACACUGUCCUCAACAACUGCCUCUCACACCUUCCCCCGCACUCAUCUCUCGCCUCUCAGAUCCUCGCCUGCAAAUCAUCUGUGGAUCAGUACACCCGCAUUCGCUCCAUUCUCAAUGACCGGACCCUUGCCACGUGGCAGCAGGUCCGCGCACUCUGCUUCCGGGAUCCCGAGUCCAUCUCUCGCCAGCUGGCCGACAAGGGCGCAGUCAAAGAGGCUGUUUCUCUGGCAGAGGCACAUGCAGCCGCACCAGUGACAGCAGCAGGAGCAGCAGCAGGGGUAGGAGUAGGAAUGGAGGCAGAAACUGCUGCCGCUGCUUCCGCCUCUGCUGCUGCUGCUGCUGCCGGUGCUACAGGAGGGGCGUGGGUUGGAGCAGCAACAAGAGGAGCAGCAACAGGAGCAGCAGCGGGACUGAUGGGGGCAGCACCGGGAUCAGCAGCAGACCGAGCAGGGAGGGUGGGUGGGGCGUUACUAGCAGAUCUGAGGGGGCGGUAUCUGAGUGAGCUGAUGGGGGGAGAUCCGUUGCAGGCUGACUCAGGGCCUGCCGUGGGCAUGAGGUACCUUGAGAGACUUAUGCAGGAGGGGAAGGCGCAGGAGAGGGAAGGGGUGGCGGUUGGAAGUGGUGGGGCUGCUGCUGGUAGUCUAAGUGCUGGUGGUGACAUUGGUGGUGCUGCUGCUGAUGGCACUCUUGCUGCUGCUGGUGCUGCUGCUAUGGCUGGUGCUGGUGGUGUGGGGAGUGGGAGUGGAGGAGAGGGGGAGGAAGCGAGAGGGAGAGUGGAGGGGAGGGAGGGGGUGAUGGGGGUGGUGCUGUCAGCCAUGCGGUGGGCUCCAUCCCUGCACUCCAAAAAACUCAUCGUGAAUUUCGUUCUCAAGCGGGCAGCAGAGGCAAAUCUACCUCCUGCUGACGUGGCAGACGCCAAGCAGCUCCAGCUAGCCCUGCAGCUUCUGGGAACCUUCCCUUCAGAGUGGCAGCGGCGGCUGGGAGGGCAGCAUGUGGCUGUGCUGCUGCGGCCAGAGCUUAUAGUGGAGAGCCUUAUAAUGGAGAAACACACCUCCCUACUGCCGCAGAUCUUUGCCAAUUUCCCAGCUCUGCGCAACGACAACCUCCUCCUCUCCUACGCACGCAAGGCCCUCUUCCCCUCCCCACUCUCCCCAUCCUCCUCCUCCUCCUCCUCCUCCGCCUCGUCCUCAACCACCCCAGCUACCAACGCCCCUCCUCCCCCUCCGCCUCUCCCCCACCAGCCCUCCCUCCGCUCCUCCGCCAUCCCCCGCCCGCCCUCACUCCCCCCCGGCCCCAUCACCAGCAGCUUCCUGCGCAUUCAGCAGCAAGCCUCCCGCGUCUUCCCCUGGGGCGCUGCCUCCUCCUCCUCUUCCUCUUUCACCUCUGCUGCUGCUGCUGCGGCUGCGGCUGGUAGCACUUCCCCGUUCGCCAGCCCUGUUCCGUCCCCUCGGGCUAGUCCCGGGCUUGGAGGGGUGGGAGGGGGAGGGAGAGUGGGAGCGGGAGUUGGAGGGGGAAGGGAAAGUGGAGGAGGAGGAGGGAGAACGGGAGGGGAGCGGCCGCAGACGCUGGCAGAGGCAGCGAAAACCCGGCUUUCGUCGUCCGUGUCUCUUGAUGCUCCUGCUCGUGGCCACCCUUCUCCCCCUGCCUCUGCUGCUGCUGGCGGCGGUGCUGCUGGCGGUGGUCGUGGUGCUGGUGCUAGUGCUGCUGGUACUGGUGCUGGUGCUGCAACCCGUUUUGGCACACUAGGCAGGACGGUCAGCGGUACUGCCAGCCUGCAAACCAGCCCUAGAGGGGGGGCUGUAGCAGCACACCCACGUCCAGGUGCAAUGAACCGGCCCAGUAGCCCAGGUACUGCUACAGCCGCUGCCGCCCAGUCGGAUCGGGCUGGGCGGCAUCUGAAACUCGCUGCUACAGUAAGCUCCAUGUCUCUUCCCGAGCUGACAGGCAGGCCGGUCGGCAACCUCCCAGGUGGCCGCAUGGGAUUGGACGGGGAGCGGGGCGCAGGGGGAAGCACAGGAGAAGAGGAAGGCGAAGAGGGAGAAGAGGAGGAAGCAGUGGGGAGGCUCGGAGUGAGGGACAUGCCGCGAGAAGCAGUGCUGAUCGGAGAGGAAGCCCGGGAUAGUGAAACUAGGUCCCACCAUAAGUUCCCCGAGACGCCGGAUGUUGCUCUGUUUCAAUCGCUGGCGUCGCUGUGCUCCAGGCGAGUCUCUGCGGUCAAACGGCUGCUGGCAGUGGUUGUGGAGCAGACGGGCAUGGGCCUGGCCAAAGAGAGCACGCCACGUGGCACCAGCCUGCUGUCGCUGACUCAGAGUGCCUUCUUCUCAAAAGCCUACCUCAAAGCUCUCGAUGUCACUCAUGGCAUGCUCCUCGCCUGCCAGACGCAGCUCGCCAAACCCGAGCCUGCAACCCAACCCACAGGCUCGGCACAGGCUCGGACAAGAACACCAGCCCAGGUUCGGGCGAGAGGCUCGGCGCAGGUUCAGGCGAGAGACCCCUUGCAGGUUAGGGCACAGCAGAAGGCGCUGAAGCAGCUGUUGGAACGAGCAGACGCGUGGAUCGCACGGGUGAUGCUUCUGAGAAGGUUCCUGGCGGACAAUGUGGGUGUGGGGAUAGACGAGCUCGGGGGUGGUGAUCCCGACUUCCAGCCUGGGGCUCCUGGCGCAUUCGCAUCUCAGCUUGUAUGCACAGUGCUGGGGGGUACUGAGGCAUCGCGAAGCAAGGUGAUGGGAGGAGGAGGUGGGGGGGGAGGGAGAGGAGAGGGAGGGGGGGAUAUGGCUUGGAGUAGAGCCACUGGGCGUAGUGGGCAGAUGCAACAGCAGCAGAGGCCGCAAAAGCCAAUGCAGCAGCAGCAGCAGCGCUGGCAGCAUGGCUCUGCACACGCCCGGUUGCCGCCCGAGGCGGAAACAGAGGCUCGGGAGGCGUCUCUGGGUGCGACGUUGGCUCUGAGGGAUGGGUUGGUGAAGGAGGAGUGCUUCGAGCUGGCUGCUGCUCUGUGUGAGACGUGCCAGGUGGACCCCUGCCCUGUGUACACGGCGUGGGCCCUGUCCCUCAUUCGAGUGAAGAACUACCCGCAGGCUCGGCAUAUCCUAGAGCGACUCUUCCUCUUUCUCCAACAAUCAGACCCCUCAGCUCCUCCUCCUCCUGCUGCUGCUGCUGCUACUGCUGCUGCUGCUGCUACUGCUGCUGCUGCUGCAGACACAGCAAGAACAGCAGCUGUGCACAAAGCACCACCACAAACACCGGCAACUGGUGGCGUUGCUGUAAGAGCACAGGGAACAGUGUCAGGAGGAGCGGGAGGAGGAGCGUCAGCAGCAGGAGGGGGAAGUGAGGGUCUGAGGAGUCGAGGAGGGGUGGGGGCGAGCAGUGGACAAGCAGGAGGGGCAGGAGGGGCAGGAGGGGUAGCGGGAGGAGGGGGAGCAGGAGGAGGGGUGGUUGGAGGAGGGGGAGCAGCAGAGAGGAUGGCAGCAGUGGCACGGGAGGUGGUGCGUUUCAUCGAGUCGUGCAUUCCUGCUGACGUGGCCGGCACUCAGCAGCUCCUGGCUCAAACAGAGAAGGCAGUAGCAGAUUCUUUCCAAGAUUCUCUCACAACAGAAUCCUACCUCGGUGCUCUCACCUCCGCCUCCUCUCUCUUCCAGUCCCCCACUCUCCGCCCCUCCUCCUCCUCCACCUCCUCCUCCUCCUCCUCUCGCCCAUCCUCCUUAGCAGCACCCCCUGUGGCUGCUACUGGUGCUUACAGCACUUCUGCCUCAGCUGCUGCUGCUUCUGCUGCUGCUGGUACUGCGUCUGCUGCUGCUGCUUCUGCUGGUGUUUCUCCAAUCCUAGGAGCGAUUCCUCCUCCUGCUAUUCCGUCCUUUGAUGAAUGGAGAGAGGGAGGGUCAGUGAGCGCACAAUACAGCCGCCAGUCAGAGACUGAAGGACGGGGGCUGGGACAGGGCGAAGGAGAGUUACAGGGGCGAGGGGAAGGGCAGGGAGAGGGGCAGGGGGAAGGGGAGGAGGGGCAGGGAAGGCAGGGAGAGGAGGUCCCGUUGGUGGAUGAGGAGGAGAGGGAGACGUUUUCGUACUUGGAUGAUCAGAGGCUCAACGAGUGCGCUCAGCUGCUCAAACGACAUGCCCCUCGGGACCUCCUCCCCUUCAUGUUCCGACACGGCCGCUACCGAUCCGCUUGCUGGCUCAUCUUCUUCCCUCCUCCCCCUCCCCACCCUUCCUCCUCCUCCCCCUCUCUCUCAUUCACCCCCCGCCACAGCACCACCACCCCCACCACCACCACCACCCCAACCACAACCACCCUCCCCAACCCCCUGGCCCCAGCACUACCACCUCAGCCACCCACCAUGUCUCUCAACCCAUCUCCACCCUCCCUGUCCUCGUUACUAGAAUGGGACCCGUUAAAGUCAGAGUACGCUACUGUAGAGGAGUUGUGCGCGCUGUGUGUGUCGUAUGGAGCUGUGGAGGUGCUUGAAAGGGUGGUGGCCGAGGCGCUGGGAGGAGGUGCGACGGCAGGAGUAAGUAGUGCUGCUGGUGCUGGCGCUGCUGGUGCUGGUGCUGGUGCUGGUGCUACUGGUGCUAGUGGUGCCGCGGCUGGUUGGAGUGGUUCGUCUGCUACAGCAUCAGCAACAGCAGCAUGGGCCAGUGGCAAUGUCAAGUGCCUGGCUGCUCUCUCCCGCAUCUGCACCUUCUUUGAAUCGCAAAAGAACUUCCACUUCUUCUUCCGCUUCCUGCUGCUUGCCAGGGACUACGUGGCAGCUGGCCUGUGCAGCAUCCAACUCUUCCUCUACUCGCCGGAUCUCCGCACCGCAGCCACACACUUGCAGCAGGCACAGCUUCUCUUUGAGAAGGGCACGGAGGCCAGGCAGAGUGCAGCAGCAGACCUGGCAGCAGCUAUCGGCCCUCUUGCUGCUGCCAGCAGGAGACUCGCCAUCUCUGGAGGCACUGCUGCUGCUGCUUCUGGUGCUGCCGCCGUUGCCGCUGCUGCUGCUGGGGCAGGUGCAGGUGCUGCUGGUGCAGGCGGUACUGGUGCAGGCAGCAGCACCACCACCACCACCAGCAGCACCAGCCUGGCGCUGAUCAGCAAGCAGCGGGCGGCGACGGCAAAGAUUUCGGAUGAGGAUCUGCUGAGGCUGCAGCGGCUGGCAGAGCUGCAGGGGGAGGUGGUGCGCGUGGUGGGGGCGUGCAGCGCACGAGACAGCAGUGGCAUUGCGCUGGUGGGAGCUGCAAGGAAGGCACCGUGGAGCGUGGCUCUGUUCGGUUCUCCUAGUGAUGCCAGAACCAGCAAGCGGCGUGUGGAGGUGACGGAAUUCUUAGUCGAAAGAGAGUUCGACGUGGCCCUGGAGGUGAUCAGCUUUCUCCAGCUGCCAGCAGUGCAGAUCUACGCCAGCGUGGCGGCCUCACUGGCAGAGAAGCAGCAGCACCGCAUGCUGUUUGAGAAUUUGAUGAACCGCAUCAAGUACAUGCUGCCACCAGCGGAUAUGGAUGAGGUGAUUGGAGCAGCAGUCAUGGUGUACACUCACACUGCUGUCAAGCUGUCGGCGCUUUCCCUAACGUUUACCGGGCGGCAAGAUAUGUCUCGGUCUGUGAAGCUGCCUAAGGAGCAGAUCGACCGCCUCAUUCACAUGCUGUCAGACGAACACAAGAAGGUUCUCUUCAAUGUGGCGUGCCGCCGGCUCCGCCUGGCGUUUCAGAUCGCCACAGGGCAGUUCCAAGCCGGCCAGGGAAGUGUGCUCCCUGCAGGUUAUAGCAGCGCUGCUGGCAGUGCAAGCAGUGUUGCUGGCAGCAGCAGCAGUGCAGGGGGGUUUGGGCCACAGUACCCGCUUCAAUGCCGAAUUAACGACGUCAUCUUCAUCAUGCAUGAGGCGCGCAACGCCCCCAAGGUGCGGGAGCUCUGCAGGGAGUGGCUGGCUGCUCGUGGUAUCGUUAUCGACAACGUGGACCCUCAUUCCAAUCCUCACGCGCUCCCUCACACCCACACUCGCGUGCCUGGGCCUGGGGCAGCACAGCCACACGCCCUGCGAUAGCUAGGGUACCGAUCACAAUGUUAGUUAACCACACCUAAUUCCAUCAUGCAGAACCUGACUCCUCAGCGACUCGAUCUUCAUCAUGCACGAGGCUCGCAAUGCUCCCAAGGUGCGGGAGCUCUGCAGGGAGUGGCUGGCCGCUUGGAGCAUCGUGAUUGACAAUGAGGACGCGCACUCACACUCUCACGCACAUGUUUCUCACACUGAGGACGUCCAAUUUCUCAGUAGGAAGCAAGAAGGCACACUGGUCUCGGAGGGUAACGGUUUCUUGAUGCUUUCAUGCAAUAAAUACACGCACAUUGCGUUCACUCCCUCAAUGUGUUAUAAUGCAUUAAGGAAGCAGUGCACUGAAUGUGAGUGCGCAUCUGAAUCAUUACGCUGGAGCUAUUGUACAGAUGGGAUGGGAGCAUUAAGGCACGCAAGCGUAGUGCCUGUUAC